AUGACCGCCCAAGUGGCUACCCAGGAUGCGUCCCAGCCCCUAGUCUACUGCAGCCAAGCGUUUACCGCCUAUCAUGACUGGGAGAUCCACUUCGAGGUCGAGCAUAUGCCAAAUGAGAAGGCACAAGACUUUUCGGGAAAGAUGAGACGGCGGAGACGUGAUGGGCAAUGGGAACUGGUCGAACAGCGCUUCAGUGGUACGGCUGAAAAUAUGCCACUAAGUGGAGCCACAGGUGAUACAUCCCUGACCAUGUCGCUGCCGCCCCUCAGCCAGAACAUACCUAAUGAUACACAAGGCCAUAUGGACCCCCGAAUGAUAUUUCCUCCACAACGGUCUCCAGAUCUAUACGAUCAUGACCAGCUCGUUGGCCCAGAGGACGAAUAUCUCAAUCUUGAUGGAGCCCUACCGCGCCAGCUUUCGACGUCUCUUCCCGAGGCUGAAACUGGCCUUUCACAACAGUCCGAAGGACAACAUUUCCGUUUUUCGGAAGCCUCUCCAUCCGAGGCUGCUCUGCAUUCUUCCCAGCCUCAAUCCACCAACCAGCUCUUUUGGGACCAAGACUCGUUGACAAAACCCCAAUCGCCGAAAUCCUCCCCCUCCGUUCCUCUCUCCACGCCUGCUCAAAGGCGAUUAAUGGAGCACAACCAGGAUAUACUUGUCCCGUCCAGCGAAAAUCGCACCACACCAGGCGGGGCGAGGCAGACUAGCUCUGGGAAAUUUGGAGGACAGUCAUCCAGUUCCCAUCUGUCCCCUGAGAAGAAGACCCCUUCGAGCUCAUUAGAGUCCAAGUCCAAUUCAGAUUCGCCCAGGACGAUUCAGUGGGGAGGGGCAGCGACGACAGCCGGUGGCAAGAAGGAUACGCCGAGAGCGCAAGAACAGGGAAUGGACCGAGGAGGUAUAGGGUUCGGAUUUGCAAACAAGUGA